AUGUCUGCCCUUCCGUCUUUAACAAUUGAGAAAGAUUUGCAACCAUCACUACAAGAAGAAGUUUAUGUACAUGACGUUUACAAUGAAAUAGCACCUCAUUUUUCACAAACCAGGUACAAACCAUGGCCAAUAGUGGAAACUUUUUUGAAAAAUAGACCUAAAUAUUCAAUUGGAUUAGAUGUUGGAUGUGGUAAUGGUAAAUAUUUAAAUGUUUCAGAAGAUUUAUUCAUUAUUGGAACAGAUAGAUCACUGGGUUUAAUACAAUGUGGACAAGAAAUAUCCAAAAAUCAAUACAAUUUAGGUAUAGCAGAUGGUUUGUCUUUGCCUCAUCCAAAUAAUAUGUUUGACUUUGCUAUAUCCAUUGCAGUUAUUCACCAUUUUGCAAAUGAAAAUCGUAGAGUUCAAGCCAUACAACAUAUUUUAUCCAAAUUAAAACAGAAAGGACAGUGUUUAAUUUAUUGUUGGGCUUUAGAACAGGAAAAUUCCAGACGUGGAUAUAAAGAAGGAGAUGAACAAGAUAUAUUGAUACCUUGGGUUUUGAAGAAGAAUCAGAAGAAGGCUGUGAAAAAAGGUAAUGGAAAACUUCACAAUGACAAUUGCAAUGAUCGAAAAAUUUUAGGCAAUGAUGCAAAACUUGAUGAAGACGAAGAACAAGAUCCUCCCGAAGAAACCAAAUAUAGGUAUUAUCAUUUGUACAAAAAAGGAGAAAUAGCCGAAAAUGCAUUGGCAACAAAAGCUUGUAAGAUAGUAGAUCAAGGAUAUGAAAAAGAUAAUUGGUGGAUAAUUAUUGAGAAAAUUUAA